AUGGCGUCAGAAGAAGCCGGAUUCGACAGCCUCGGUCCCAAGGGUCAGGAGGUCGCUGAGGCCCACCGCACCGCCGACUAUUCUAUCGUGCAUCCUGAAACCCGUGCCAACAUUGCCUCCUUCGAUUAUAAAUACGAGUAUUAUCGUCCGAAGCAGCUUCGUGUCAUAAAUAUUUUGGAUGUCCCAGGCAUCUCGCGAUUCAAGAUUUCCGCCGAGCUUGCAAGCAAGUACCUGUCGUUUGCCAGCAAGGCUGACUUCAUCUCUUAUGCCGAAAACAUCCUCCCAGGUAUCGUGGGACCUGCCAUCGACGUGUUGGCGUCGGAUAACUGGGUAGAAAAGAUCAGAGAGUACGACGGCACUUCUUUCGCCUGGGGGGCGAAUGGUGACAACGAAGAACUAAACAAAAAUCUUUCAGAACUCGAAUCGCUGGGCUUGCUUCUCAGCGCAUUCUGUGACACCAAACGCGGUCAAUCCACACUAGACCUUAUCUACGUCUACAUGUACGACAAUUCGGUUCGCCGUUUGCUCAAUACUUUCGCUACCCUUACCACCAAACCGAAGCUGCUACCAUCCAUUCGAAAGGGCUUCAUGGGAGUUCUGGCCGGGCUUCGCAUAGAAAUAUUUAUCCUUGCUCACGCCGUUCAGAUCCUUCUCUUUGCCCCCUUGCAGGAGCGUGGGGAUAUGCCAUACACAUCCACAGACUCAUACCCGCGUCGCUUUCCACUUGGAUAUCCGAAGCCGGGCCCCGAUGAUGUCAAGGUCUGUGGCAAGUAUAGUCUCGAUGGCCUCUACCGAGCUCCCCUUCUUAUGUUCUUCCACCUCCAGCAGCAGCCAGGCAAAGGAGCAGAUGCCCAUAUCUCUCAGGGUUCAGAGGUUUGGUUAGGAUAUACCACGGUUCGCUCCUACUAUCCCUGGCAUGGCGCUCUCAACCCACCAUCAUUGGAACGGUUUGCAUUUAGAAGCUCCCUCGAGAAAUACAACUUCGCAUUGUCGAACUUGCAACUUUACACAAGGUGA